UUCCUCAUUUUCUUUGUUUCUAGUAAUUCCCUUUAGUUUUCUUACCAGAAUGGGAACUGAAAGAUCAGAUGUUUCACACGAGGCACUAUUUAAGAUGUAAACACAAUCUGAGAUCCUUAUGCAAAUUGCAGUUCUUGCUGAACAUCGUAGCUUUUUGAAAGACCUUGCAGAAGAGCUAAAGCCAUAUUUUCCAUUGUGCUUCGGGAGGAUGAUCUUGCUGCUCAGUCUCGGCGUCCUGCUACUUAUGCCUUUUCCUUCUGAUUUCUUGGAGAACACAGUGAGUACUCCCAUCACACAGCAGUAUGAGCAGCUGGGGACAGACGUCAUCAUGCAGUGUGACUCUUGGUUGCUGGGUGUUAAAUGGAAGCAUAAUGGGGUCUGGAUCCCUCACAAUACUAAGAUGCAUGCAAAUGGACAGCAGCUGACCCUGAUGGAAGUGAAGAAGCACCAGGCCGGUACAUACAGCUGUCACAACCCUGACAACGACAAGGUGUUAUCUAUGACGGAGCUAUACCUUGGAUUUCCUCCACAGAUAUUGAACGUCCAGUGCUGGGCCUCGGAGUACCCAGAAAGGAUUAACUGUACCUGGGACGACCAGCCGGACACUCACUUACACACUACCUUCACUACUACCUAUAGGUUGGGAUUGACAGGUUCGGACCCUCCCAGCCAGUGCCUUCAGCUUGAUUUCAAUCCAUACAGCUGCCAGAUUACAGAGUUCAAGAUGUUUGCAGAAGUUCCGUACCUUCUAAAUGUGACAGCUGUAAAUCCACUGGGAUCGAUAACGCUGCUGCAUCACUUUUUCGUAGAGAACAUCAUACGGCCAGGUGUACCUGUGAAUGUCAGCUUAUCCCCUGUACACCGAGACAGCAGGAAACUAUUACUGCAAUGGAGUCCACCUCCUUCUUGGCCAUAUCCAGACUAUUUCCCGCUGUCCUAUUUGAUCCGCUACAGAAGGGCGGGUGUUAAACAGUACAAAGUGGUUGGGCCCUAUGAGCAGACGUCUUUCCUUAUCACAGGAAACCGCCCCGGGUCCACUGUACUUGCACAAGUGGCAGCCAGGGAUUUUACCGGUGCAGGACACUACAGUGAAUGGAGCACAGUGGUGACCGGACAACCAUGGAGACCACAUUGAAGCUUAACUGUAGAGUGACUGUUGUAGAUAUGUCAAUAAGAUGCAAACCUUCAUUUUCCAGUGUUCAUCUAAACCGGGCUAGCAGCAAUGAGGCAAAAC